AUGUUCUGACUGAACAAUAUAUGAUUUCAAGUGGACAAGAUAUGACGCUGAGUGGCGUUGGUAACAGUAUUUAUAUUGGAACCGAUGUCUCUGCACAAUCCACCAUGAAUUCUUUUAUGAAACAUACUAGCCCCGUUAUUUUCGACACAUCUUCACUUAACACAAAUUCCAUACCCAAUCUAUCUUUAUCUAACACGUUACCUAUGUAUACAAACAAUCCUUUGAAUCCUAAUUUAUCUACACCAUUAUACGAAAAAUAUUUAGCAAAAACAGACUUUAAUGCCAACAAUGCAUUUAAUGGCAAAAUCAACUUUAAUGUUAAUAAUGCAUUUAAUAACCAAACAUCACCAAAUUUACCAAUUGUAAACACAUCCACUAGUUCGAAUAUUUUUACUAAUAAACAUAGGCCACUACCAGAAAAUUGGAUACAAGAACCUACCGAAGAUGGUAAUGCAUAUUAUUAUUUCAAUACGGUAACUCAGGAGCUUAGAUGGACUUACCCUGAUGAUGAAUUCACUCCUGGAAAUGAGCAGGAAUACGAUACAAAAUCAAUAUGUUAG